AUGAAGUCUUCCACUUCGUUGGCGAGUCUGCUUGCGCUCGGCAGUAGUCAUCUGGCUUCAGCCCUCUCAUCUACUGUCUCCCUCGACUACGCAACAUAUGCUGGGUCCGCGCUUUCUAAUGGUAUAACCCAAUGGCUCGGUGUACGCUAUGCCGCUCCUCCCGUUGGAUCACUCCGCUUCUCAGAGCCGCAAGAUCCUAUCGAUCAGACCUCCAAUGGCACCAUCUCCGCGACCGAACACGGAAAGCUAUGUCUACCGACAGGAGAUCUUGACGAUAAUGAUUUCACAUUUCCCAAUGGCAACUACUCCGAAGACUGCCUCUUCCUCGACGUUUUCGCGCCGAGCAACGCCACCAAGGACAGCAAACUACCCGUCUUCUUCUUCAUCUCUGGCGGAGGUUUCAACGGCCUAUCGAAUGCGAAAUACAAUGGGUCUGGAAUUAUCCAAGCAGCAGAGUACGAUGCUGUCGUCGUACUCUUCAACUACCGUGUCGGACCUUAUGGCUUUCUUGCAUCUAAGGAAAUAGUUGAAGGAGAUGCUGGCAUCAACAACGGCCUCAAAGAUCAACGGAAAGCUUUGCAGUGGGUACAGAAAUACAUUUCCCACUUUGGCGGAAAUCCCGAACAUGUGGUUAUCGGAGGCGCGAGUGCAGGAGCACAAAGCGUGAGUCUGCAGGUCACAGCGUAUGGUGGAAGAGACGAUGGACUAUUUGUUGGCACUGCGGCCGAGAGCCAAAGUUUCCCUCCUGUGCGAACAAUUGAAGAGAGCCAAUUCGCCUACGACAACCUGGUUAUCCGGACCAACUGCACUGCUCAAUGGAACGAUACACUGAGCUGCUUGCGAAGCCUCUCGGCAGAGGAAUUGCAAAAGGUCAAUUACAAUACACCUUACCCUGGAGCGCAGGAAGCAGCAUUAUACAUGUAUGGCCCUACUUUGGAUUUCGAUUUCAUCGCCGAUUAUACCACACGCGCGUAUGUCAAAGGAAAAUUCGUCCGGGUCCCGGCAAUCUACGGAGAUGAUACGAAUGAAGGGACGAGCUUCGCUCCCAAGAACACGACAUCGUAUGGCCAGACUUCGACAUUCCUGCAAAACAACUUCCCCGAACUCACUAUCAAGCAACUUGGGAAAAUCAACGAAUUGUACCCUGUCGAAGACACUCCUUCCUUCAAUGGCAGCGGGAGAUACUGGAGACAAGCUGCGGACGCCUAUGGUGAGCUAAGAUACAACUGCCCUGGAAUCUUGGUGUCAGCUUCAUUGGAGAGAUACAACGUCCCUUCAUGGAACUACCACUGGAACGUCGUUGAUCCAGUGGCGGAGGCCGCAGGUGAAGGCGUGAAGCACACAGUCGAAGUUCACGCGAUUUUUGGCCCGGAGAACACACGUGGCGGAGCACCAGACAGCUAUCGCAUUGGAGGCGUGAACGAGGGUGUGACUGCGGUGAUCCAGGGCUACUGGACGAGUUUCAUCAGGACGUUGGAUCCUAAUAACAAGAGAGUUGCUGGGACACCGAAGUGGGAGGAGUGGACUGGGACUGCGCUCAAUGGGCAGGACGGAAAGAGAUUGAGGUUUGAGAGGAAUUUGAAUGCGACGGAGAUGGAGUGUCCGCCUGCGAUCCAGCAGGAGAGGUGUGCGUAUUUCAGCUCAAUUGGGUUGAGUGUGAAGCAGUAG